AUGAGCUCGGUGCGGGUCGACAGCCAUCAGUGCUGCGGCCUGGCGGCAGCCUCUUCCGACCCGCCGUCGCCCGUCGCCGCCGCCGCUGAGGCGGGCAGCAGCAGUGGGACCGGCGCCGCUGGUGGCUGCUCGCCGAUGCCACGGGUGUGCGGCGUCCGCUUUGGCUCCGUCGACGUGCUCUACCACAGCGUACAUCUCGACGACUCAAAGCUGCCGAGCGACGGCCUCGCACCGCUCGGACUCGGAGAGCUGCAGCGGCGGGAGCAUCUGCAGGUGGACAGCUUCGAGCGGCAGCGGUGCGGGCAGCGCUGCGACGGCGGGGCGAUGGUGAUCCCGCCUGCCGAGAGGGCCUCGCUGGCCGGCAUGAAGCGGCAGGCCUCCCUCGAGGCGAUCGAAAAGGUGAACAAGCAGCUGCGGCUGGAGCGAGCGAGUUCGCCCGCGCCGCCGCCGCUCGGCUCGCCGCCGCUCGGCUCGCCGUUUGGCUCCGCGGCGCGCAUCGCUCCCGUCGCCGCGGUGGGCGGCGGGGCGGAGCUCGAUGUCUGCGCCGCCGCCGCCCCGGCCGCCGGCCCCGUUGCGUUUCGCGCAGAGAGUGGCGACGCCGCGGAGAGGGCGGCGGAGGCGUUGGCCGCCGCUGCCUCGACCGAGGUGUGA